AUGUCUCCUCUGUGGCCCUGUGUCCUGGUGUCUGCCACAGGAAUUCUAGCCGCAGCCAUACCCCAUCCUGGGGGUUCUGUCCUGUAUAAUCUCACCACGCAGUUACUACAGCAGUAUCACAAGGAAGUGAGACCUGUUCACAACUGGGCGGAGGCCACUACCGUCUACCUGGAUCUGUUGGUCCACACUGUAUUGGAUGUGGAUGUACAGAAUCAAAAACUAAAGACAAUAGUGUGGUACCAUGAGGUUUGGAAUGAUGAGUUUUUGUCCUGGAACUCCAGCAAGUUUGAUGAGAUUAAAGCGAUCUCCCUGCCUCUCAGUGCCAUCUGGGCUCCCGAUAUCAUCAUUAAUGAAUUUGUGGACAUUGAAAGAUCCCCUGACCUUCCCUAUGUUUAUAUAAACUCAUCGGGGACUAUUAAGAACUCUAAGCCAAUCCAAGUGGUCUCUGCAUGCAGUUUACAGACCUAUGCUUUUCCAUUUGAUGUCCAGAAUUGCAGCUUUACCUUCAACAGCAUUCUGCACACAGUGGAAGAUAUAGACCUGGGCCUGCUGAGACACAGAGAAGACGUUAAACAUGACAAGAUGGCAUUUUUUAAUGACAGUGAGUGGGAAAUUCUAGCAGUGUCCUCAAUGUACAAUGUCCUACACAUCGCCACCGGGGAUUUCGCACAGAUUCAGUUUAAUGUAGUGAUUCGCAGAUGCCCUCUAGCCUAUGUUGUCAGCCUGCUGAUUCCCAGCAUCUUCCUGAUGCUUGUGGACCUGGGCAGUUUCUACCUGCCACCCAAUUGCCGUGCCAGGAUUGUGUUCAAGACCAAUGUGUUGGUGGGCUACACUGUCUUCAGGGUCAACAUGUCUGACGAGGUGCCAAGGAGUGCGGGGAGCAUCUCUCUGAUUGGUAUCUUCUUCACAGUCUGCAUGGCCCUCUUGGUUCUUAGCUUGUCUAAAUCCAUCAUGUUGAUCAGAUUCCUCCUCAGUGAGCGGAGCAGCGGGCAGAAACAACCCCUUCGGUGCCUUCAAGGGUGUGUUGAUGAGGAUGGCUCUAGAAUAGACCCUGGGGCCCAGCGUGCCGGGGUAACAGCAUUCCCAAUCUAUCAAGACCACUGGGUCCAGUCAGGGACCCUAAAGGAAAUCUGGUUCCAGCUUCGAUCCAUCAACAACCAUCUCCAAACUCAGGAGCAGGUGGACCAACAGAAGGUGGCGUGGUUGGCGCUCCUGUAUCGCUUUGACCAACUGCUCUUCCGAAGCUACCUGGCCAUCCUGGGACUGUACACUAUUACUCUGUGCUGUCUUUGGGCACAGUGGAGUGGCUGGUGA